UGUGUUCCGUUGUCGUCGGACUGCGACAUUGCAUACGCAUCCGCAAAGAGUGUCGUACGGGGGCUUUGAGAACUUGCGAUAUUUUCGCUGGCCAAUAAUAGUGAAUCAUAAUAUUUUUGAAUGCCAUUUUGUAACAAAGUUUUGAUCUAAAUAGUCUUUUGUGAGUGUUUAUUAUCCAUAUACUUACAUUGCCCAAUGGAACUGCUAGAUUUGUAAAAGCGUCUGUCUGUCUGCCCCGUGGUCCCUAAAUUAAGUUAUAUUGCUAAAUCGGAGAAGGGCAGGAGGAAACAUGAAAAUCUGUUGCUAUGUUUCUCCUUGAUUUAUUUAUAAAUAAAUUUGCUGAUUCCUACCGACAACUGACGCGCCAUGCGGCACAUAGAUUGUUUGUAGUCAUGGACCCCAUCGCUGCGGACGACUACACAGCAUCAGAACUUCGAUGUUGGCUGGAAAAACUUGGGUUGCCGAAAAGCGGCACCAAGGCAACACUAGCAGCGCGGUUGAAUGGUGUGCACCCCGCAGCCCGAGGAGAUUGUCCAGUACUGGACCCCAAGGACAUGACCGACAUUGAAGCUGGACCCGAGGAAAGGUCAAAUACUGCUGAAAAUCAAGGAACCGAUCAGGACGAUGUCGGGGCUACAUCGCUGGAAGCCCAAAACAACGAAGAAGCUGACAACAACAUGUGCGUUCCAGAAAUUUCCAUGCAAUUGGAAUCUCUGAAGCGUCACUUAGAAGUCGUCCAAUUGGAAAAUGAGUUUCUCAAAUUGGAAGUUUCCCGGCGUCAGCCAUUGAAUAGAGUGACCGCACCUUCGACGAGCAACUUGCCAGAAAUCCAGAACAAUGUUUCCACACCAAAUCAAACCAAUGUCACCCUAUCGAAUUUGGGGAAUAUUGUUGAAGAGGCUGCCAGACCUAAUACAACCAUUUUUAACAACAACUCUUUGGUGACCACGGUGAAGGAAAUGCUUCCACCUUUUGACGGUGCUGUUAACAGCAAAGUGCCAGUUAACACUUGGAUCGCACAGCUCAACGCGAUCAUAAAAAUGUACAAGCUGAGCGAAGACAUAACUCGCAUGCUGGUUAUGUCAAAGUUGAAAGACCGAGCUCAAAUUUGGUUGUACUCUUCUGAGAACUUUCUGUCCUUGCCAGCCCAGGACCUCUUAACUCAACUCGCAGAGGCUUUUCAGUCAAAAGAGAGCAAGAUAAUGUCCAGACGCAAGUUCCAGGAGCGAAAGUGGCAACCAGCUGAAGACUUUGCUACGUACUUUAACGACAAGACCCUGUUGGCUGCACACAUCAGAAUAGACGACGAGGAAUUAAUCGACAGUAUCAUCGAAGGAAUACCGGAUACUCUUCUACGACAACAGGCACACAUGCACUGUUUUAAUUCGUCUGCCCAGCUGUUGCAGGCAUUCUCCAAAGUAACAUUGCGGAAACCAUCUCUCGCAUUUGGACGCCACAAAGACGUUUCUGGAAAUCAGCCCGGACCCGCUGUAAGAUGCUUCAACUGUAACUCCAUGGGUCACUUCGCAGCCGACUGCCGCAAGCCUAAUCGCGCGUACGGCGCUUGCUACGGUUGCGGAAGUUUGGAGCACCUGAUAUCCCAUUGCAACGAGAAGAAGAACGCAACCAAAAAUGAAUAUAAUGCCUAAUCGAUUCUGGGAGUCCAAUUAGUUUUACGAAGUUAUCCUGCGUUGAAAACAUUCUAAGAAGUAAUAUCGUUAACGUUAAUGAAAACAACUUGUCGCAUUACUUUGGCUUGAACCACAGCCCUUUAGACAUAUAUGGAAAGAUAUCAUGUUUUGUUAUUAUGAAUAAAGUGAAGUUUAAUUUUGAAUUAUUAAUUGUGGCAAACGAAUCGAUGGCAUAUAGCACUGUUUUAGGAAGAGAUUUUAUGAACAUUUGUAACUUUAAGAUUGUUAGGGAAAAUGAUUGUUCAAAUGAUAGUUGUACUGAUGAUUGUUCAAAUGAUAGUUGUACUGAUGAUUGUUCAAAUGAUAGUUGUACUGAUGAUUGUUCAAAUGAUAGUUGUACUGAUGAUUGUUCAAAUGAUAGUUGUACUGAUGAUCGUUCAAACGAUGGUUGUGCUGAUGUUCGUUUAAAUGACAGUGGGGUUGAUGAUCGUUUAAAGGAUAUUUUUUCAAAAGAUAGUUGUAUUGCAUAUGAUCGCUCAGAUAAUGGUAAUAGUGAGAAGGAUAGUAGUUUUAAAUUUUAUUGCUCAAAUGUUGGUCAGACUGGAAACGAUUGUGCUACUGAUAGCUGUGAGAAAGAUGAUUGUCUAAAUGAUAGUAUAAAGGUUUAUUGUGGUUACAAAGAAACGCAAAGUGAUUCGUGUAAAACGAUAGAGUCAAGUCAAAAUUUAAGUGUCCAACCCAGCGAUCAUUUCGAGUCAGAAAUUAUGUCAAUUGAAUACCCUGAUCCAGCCGAAAGCAACCUGUUAAAUAUUAGCGACAAGUGUGAGUUUACGUUAAGAAAAAAACUGAUAGAUAUUUUUGAUAAGUUUUAUACGAAACCGAAACGGCCAGAGAUCCCCUUAGUAAAAUGGGAAAUGAAACUGAAUUUUGAUAAAACUAAACCGUUUAAUUACCCUCCAAGGCGUUUAUCAUACGCAGAGAAAAGUCAAGUUCAAAAUUUAUUAGACGAUUACAUAAAAAACGGUAUUAUUAGAGUAAGCGAGUCUGAGUAUGCAUCACCUAUAGUUCUAGUUAAGAAAAAGUCUGGAGAAUUAAGAAUGUGCGUAGAUUACCGAACCCUCAACAAAAACAUGCUUAAAGAUAACUACCCCACCCCCUUAA